UCGUUUCUCAUUUUCUGUCCACUUCCUCAGCUGCUCCCAGACGCGGCUUUACAAAUUGUGCUCUCAAUAUAGAAAUUGAUUACCAAAAUCUGCAUUCCAUAAUGGACUCCCUCUCCUCAGCCCCGAAACAGUCGCAGCAAUACCAACACGCUCUCGUGAUGCGGCACGGGGAUCGAAUUGAUGAGUUGGUGGACUUCUGGCUCUCGAAUGCCACCAGGCCCUGGGAUCCACCUCUGGUCAAUGCUGGAUGUGUCCGGGCCUUCCACACCGGCGCAAAGCUCAGAACCCAGCUCGGGUUCCCAAUCCACCGGGUGUUUGUUUCUCCAUUCAUGCGAAGUCGUUUCCGCUCUCUGUGCCAUUGGGGGAAAUUCCGAUGCUCUCCCCAGGACCGACAUGCUGAUUGACCCAUCAAAGAUUAAGGUAUCUAUCGAGUACGGCAUCAGUGAGAUAUUCAACGGCAUGAGCAUCAAAACACCUCCUAAGGAUGGGGAGUGGGGAUUUAACCUCCCUGAGCUUGAGCUGAAAUUUCCAGCAGGCACUUUGGAUCCUGAAUUUGAACCAGUCGUCAAAGAGUUGCCGAAAUGGGGAGAGACGAGUUCAGAUGCAUACGCCCGAUUUGGACCAGUUAUUCAUGCCCUUGCAGAUAGAUAUCCGUCUGAAAAUUUGUUGUUCAUCACUCACGGAGCAGGGCUGCGAGCUACAGCUUGGACAUUUUUGAACGGUGCGGAAGUGCACAAAGUGGAGUAUUGUGCCUAUGUCGAACUUGAACGGCAGAUCAACAUGAACGACAGCAAUUCCUUCAUCGCGGGGAAAUUUGGUGUUGUCUCCCAUCAUGGUUACUAAGAACCGCUAGGGCAAAAAUUUGCUGGCUUCAGUAAACCUGAUUUAAUUGUUCGAGUUUUUGAGUGUAUAGGGGAAGAAAGAAAAUUAGACAUGCUUCAUCUUUCUUUUUCCUUUGCACUAAACGACAGGUGUAUCACUAGUUUUAUUACGGCGUGAGAUCCAAUAUAAAAAAGAUAAUUUUCCUC